AUGAGUUACGACUCAUUGGUGGAAACCGUCGUAGACGGGGGCUACCUACCAGAAUUUGUGCUUCGCCGUGGGAUCAGAGGCCAGCUUCGUGAGAGAAUCAAGUUGAUCAAGACCACCAGCUUGGCAGAGAGCUAUGAAACCAAGAUGAAAUACGUGGAACUGCUCAGAAGUCGGCCAAUAGCAAUUGAGACCGCUGCGGCGAACGAACAACAUUAUGAAGUCGGCACUGGAGUUCUUUCUGCCUGUCUAGGUCCGAGGAUGAAGUACAGCUGCUGUCUGUAUCCGAAGGGAACAGAAACGCUGGCUCAGGCUGAGAUUGCCAUGUUGGAGAGCUAUGUGGAGAAGGCACAGUUGAAGGAUGGCAUGAGGAUCUUCGAUCUUGGAUGUGGAUGGGGAUCGCUCUCACUCUACCUCGCCGAGAUAUUCCCCAACUCCAAGAUCACUGGCUUCUCCAAUUCGAGAACGCAGAAAGAAUACAUCGACUCCAUGGCAAAGAAGAACAAGUUUGACAACCUGGAGAUCGUCACUGGCGAUAUUUCGACGUACGACUUCAAAGGUACACCACUGGAAGGCCAAUUUGAUCGUGUGCUCUCGAUCGAACUCUUCGAACACAUGAAAAACUAUGAACUCCUCAUCUCGAAAGUUUCGACCCUUCUCAAACCAAGCGGGAAGCUGUUCGUUCACAUCUUCGCCCACAAAACCUCUCCCUACGACUUUGAAAGCGGCUGGAUGACGGACAAUUUCUUCACCGGCGGUACCAUGCCAUCAGCGGAUCUGCUCCUAUUCUUCCAACGUGAUCUCAAGCUCGAGAGACAGUGGUGGGUAAACGGGAAGCAUUACGCAAAGACCUGCGAGGACUGGCUCUCCAAGAUGAACGCGAGCAAGAAGGAGAUCUGGCCGCAUCUUGAGGAGACUUAUGGAAAGACAGACACUGCGAAAUGGUUUUACCGCUGGCAAGUGUUCUAUCUGGCGUGCGCAGAACUGUUUGCGUGGGAUGGAGGUGAAGAGUGGGGAGUGUGUCACUAUCUGUUUGAGAAGCCAGCAUAG